UCAGGAUGAGACUCAGCCGCAUGACUCGCGUUGAAAAUGAUAGUAGCUUACUUUGACAGCGAGCUAAGUUAGCUAGCUUGAGUUCACACCACUGCUGACUGACCUCCUCUCCCAAGAUGGCUGGUGUUCAAGCCCUAGGUGUUCUUUCCAGAUUGACAUCAAGGAGAUACACUCUCUAUACAGGCAAUAACUUCCGCACCUUCUCAGUAGCUCCAGCAAUGCAAGCACGGACCCAUGUGAACUAUGAAGUCAAGGACGAUGUUGCUGUGGUGCGGAUGAACGACCCAACCUCCAAGGUCAACACACUGUCCAUCCAAAUGCAAAAUGAGCUGUCAGAUGUAAUGAACGAAAUUUGGGCAAACAAUGCAGUUCAAAGCGCCGUCCUCAUCUCCUCGAAGCCUGGAUGCUUUGUUGCAGGAGCCGAUAUCAAUAUGAUCGCGUCCUGCAACAGUGCAGAGGAGGUCACCAAACUCAGUCAGGAGGGUCAGAAGAUGUUUGACCUGAUAGAGAAAUCUCCCAAGCCUGUUGUUGCUGCAAUCAACGGCUCUUGCUUGGGCGGAGGCUUGGAGUUUGCCAUCGCCUGUCAGUACAGAAUUGCAACAAAGAGCAAGAAGACAGUUCUUGGCACUCCUGAAGUGAUGCUGGGUCUUUUACCGGGAGCUGGUGGCACUCAGAGACUCCCUAAAAUGGUUGGACUUCCCAGUGCCUUUGACAUGAUGCUGACGGGGAGAAACAUCCGGGCUGAUAAAGCCAAAAAGAUGGGGCUUGUCGACCAGCUGAUUGACCCUCUGGGACCCGGGCUGAAGAGUCCAGAGGACAGGACAAUUGAAUACCUGGAGGAAAUUGCCAUCGAAUGUGCAAAAGGGAUUGUAAAUAAGAAGAUCAAUCUCCACAAAGAGAAAGGCACCAUGCAGAAAAUUCAGGACUACAUCAUGGGCAUUGAGUUUGUCCGGAAUCAAAUUUACAAAACUGUCCACGGCAAAGUGAUGAAACAGAGUAAGGGACUUUAUCCAGCACCACUAAAGAUAAUUGAAUGUGUGAAGACUGGAGUGGAACAAGGCCCCACUGCAGGAUUCCUGGCAGAGUCUCAGAAUUUUGGCAAGUUGGCGAAAACUUCAGAAUCGGGGGCCCUGAUUGGUCUCUACCACGGCCAAGUUGCAUGCAAGAAGAACCGCUUUGGAGCUCCUGAAAAAGAUGUAAAGACUCUUGCCAUCUUGGGAGCAGGUCUGAUGGGGGCAGGUAUCGCUCAAGUAUCUGUGGACAAAGGUAUGCACACAGUCCUGAAGGACACAACUUUGCCUGGGCUGGCCAGGGGAGAGCAGCAGGUUUAUAAGGGACUGAACGACAAAACCAAAAAGAAGAACAUCACAAGCUUUCAGAGAGACUCCAUACUGUCAAACAUGACUGGGCAGCUGGACUACAGCGGCUUUGAGAAGGCUGACAUGGUUAUUGAAGCUGUGUUUGAGGACAUCAACAUCAAGCAUGCAGUCCUGAAGGAGGUGGAGGCUGUGGUUUCCCCUCACUGCAUAUUUGCCAGCAACACAUCUGCCCUGCCCAUCAAGGACAUCGCAGCUGCCAGCAAGAGGCCAGACAAGGUGAUUGGAAUGCACUACUUCUCUCCAGUGGACAAGAUGCAGCUCCUGGAGAUUAUAACCACUGAUCAGACGUCAAAGGACACCACAGCCGCUGCUGUGGCUGUCGGCCUCAAGCAGGGCAAAGUCAUCAUUGUUGUUGGGGAUGGUCCUGGGUUCUACACGACAAGGUGCCUGGCCCCCAUGUUGGCUGAAGCAGUACGAGUACUUCAGGAAGGAGUUGACCCCAAGAAGUUAGACGCACUCACCACAGGCUUCGGGUUCCCUGUGGGUGCAGCCACGCUGGCCGAUGAAGUCGGUAUUGACGUCGCCGCUCACGUAGCAGAAGACCUUGGCAAAGCUUUUGGCUCACGCUUUGGUGGAGGGAAUGUGGAGGUCCUGAAGACGAUGGUGGACAUGGGAUUCAAGGGACGCAAGUCAGGAAAGGGUUGCUAUGUGUACCAGCCUGGUCUCAAGACGAAGGAUGUAAACCCAGACAUCGGAGAAAUCCUGGAGAAAUACAAGAUGACACCAAAUCCUGCCGUUUCGUCAGACUCCGAUGUGCAGUACAGACUGGUGUCUCGAUUCGUCAACGAGGCCGUGCUGUGUUUGCAGGAAGGCAUUCUGAACAGCCCGCUGGAAGGAGACAUUGGUGCCGUGUUUGGUCUGGGAUUCCCUCCCUGCCUUGGAGGACCUUUCCGUUUCGUGGACAGCUUCGGUGCCGACAAGCUGGUGGAGAAGAUGAGACAGUUUGAAGCCGUCUAUGGGAAUCAGUUCACUCCAUGCCAACUUCUACUGGAUCACGCAAGUGAUCCCAGCAAGAAAUUUCACAAGUGACCGAGCCGCCAUGUGUGCCAGUAGCAGCUCUAUGUAGAGACUCCAGCCUCCCACUAAAAUGUGCCUAACAUUUAUAUUAGGAGUGGGGGCAAACUCAAUGUAAACUCCAUCAGUGUCAAGUUUAUUAGGUACAACUAGCUAAAAACCAAAACAGUCUAAUAUAAAAGCUCUGAGUUGAUCCUGCCUACACAAAGAUUGUAGCUGUUUUGGAGGUGUUUCUUCAUACUCUGGUUGAGGUAAUUUCAGGUACUGCUAAGCUGUAUUAUGAUAUAAUUUAUAAAGAGAGGGCUAUAUUGAGAUGCUCGCCUAAACCUGCUGUAGGUUGAAAAAGCCUAAACGACAGCUGAACAUUAAAGCCUCAAAGGAUAGGUUUGCUUAAAGACUGCAUUAGUUUUAGAUGGUUGUACCUCUUAAUAACACGAAAACUGAGUGUGUUAUAUCAGCAAAAAACAGAUGAUGGGGUUUUUUUGUACUUUAACAUUAUUGAUUUAAGUGAUGAUGUAAAAAACAAAGGGGCAGUUGGAGGCUAGUAAUUCACACAUUGCGGAUGUAAAGAUACUCUAGAGGCAGAAGAGUUAAAAUGUGUUCCAUCUUGCAGAAAUAAUACUUCAUUAUUAAUGAAUGUCUACCAGUGUCUUUCUUUUUUUGUACAUUUGGAGCCUGGUUGAAACAACAAUGAUGUAAAUGUGAAGCCUGGAAUAAAUUUUGUUAUUGAAUCAAA